AAACCUAAAUAUCGUCUUUUUCCUCAGAACUUUCAUGUUGUGCAGUUAAAUGUCGGGGGUCACCUGUACACCACCACUCUGAGCACGCUCAGGAAGCACCCCGACUCCAAGCUGGCGGAGAUCUUCAGCGGACCGCCCAAACUGCGUGCUGACACACAGGGACGCUACUUCAUCGACCGCGAUGGGUCACACUUUGGAGCCAUUCUGGAGUUCCUGAGAUCAGAACAGCUGCCCAAGGAGAACAUCCAGGAGGUUCAUAAGGAGGCGGUCCACUACAACAUCAAACCGCUGAUCAAACUCUUGGAGGAGACUCCUCGGCUGUUUGGAGAGCUGGUGGGAAGGCAGCAGUUCCUCUCCAGAGUCCCGCACUACAAGGAAAACAUCGAGGUUCUGAUUCGUAUCGCCAGGGCCGAGGCCAUCGCCGCACGCUACUCCUACAUCACCAUCUGCGUGCUGAGGACGGAGGAGGAUUUGGGCUUCUAUGAUAAUGCCAUUAACAGCUUGGACGCGGCUAAGGAGUCGGUGGUGACGUUCGGGCCGUGGAAGGCCCUCGGCAAACAGGCUCACAGAGCCAGGGCCUAUGUUGGAGAGGUUGUGGUACCCCCCCAUGGCAAACCAUUUUCACGUCUUCUGGGCCUGCCCAAGGAUCCAGCCAUAUCGGGGGGAAGUGGCCAUUGA